AUGCACAUUAAUGUGUAUGCUUAGGAUCUCUAUAGAGAGAUUUAAGGCGUGAUGGAAAAUUAUCAAAAAUUUGUGCAAUGUUCAUAAGAGAGCCUGGAAUAAACAAUGGAGAAAACUUGUAGGCACAAGUGCAAAUUAGAAGCAAGUGAUACUUCUAUCUAAAAAUAAGGAGCGAACACAAUAGGACUUUUUUAAUUUAUUGAGAAACAGGAAGAAAAAUGUGUAAACUAGAGAUUCUGGGUUUGCCCAAUAUGCAAAAGAGCCUUAGCAUCUAGAUUCAACACUAUUUGCCAUUUAGCUUGCAUUCGUGUUGGUUUGAAGGAAUAUCUAAAAAUUAGAAAGAAAUUAAUAAAGAGAAAUAGAGAGUGAACUUGAUUCACACAUAAAAAAUAAAUAAAUAAAUUUAAAUAAUAUAUUUUUUAUAUUGUAUAUAUAUUAUUGCUCCUCAGUUCUACGAGAUCUCUUCUUUUUCUCAAAAUUGGGUUCCUCUUGAUUAAUUUUCUUCAUCUCCUUCUAAAUUUUGUUGACUUUUCUCUAAUUUCAUUGCCUUCUUUUGUUAAAAAAGUAAUCGAAAUUCAAUAUUAUUUUUUUUAAAAAAAGGAAAUGGAAUAAAAAGAAGAUUUGUAUCAAAUCUUAGCUUCAUCAAAAGAUUUUGAUACCUAAAUAUAGAGAGCUAUAAUUUAAAUGCUUAGAAAAGAUAAAAUUUCUGACUGUCUAGAAUUUCUUUCAAAUGAUGAAAAUCUUUAACAUUCUGAAUAAUUCAUUUUACAAGUAAUUGAUUUACCAAUUGUCGAUUAAAAAAAGAAGUUAAGUGUGACAAAAAAUAAUAUGAAGAAAGUGAUGAAUAUUUUGAAAUAAUUAAAAGAUCAUGAAUUUAGUCAAAAUGACUAUUCCACUGAAAUUUAUUGGGAAGCAAAAUAUAAUCUAAUAAAAAAAAUAACAGAUGAAGAAAAGAUAAUCUAAUUUUUAUAAUUUUUAGUUCAACUCACAGCUAUAGAUAUAAGAUUUAUAUAAUGUGGAUCAAAUUCAUUAAAUUUAUUAGUUUAAAUGAAGAUUGAUCUUAGAAACUAAUGCUUUGAACAUAUAUAGAUUUAGAAUACCUCUUUGAUUGGAGGUAAUUUUGCAAAAUGUAAUCUCAGUGGUUCAGUAUUUGUUAAUGUAGAUAUUGGUGGAGUGAAUUUAAAUGGAGCAUAAUUAUUCAAUUGUAAAUGGAAAAACUUAAAAAUUGAUGAACUACAUAAACUAGUAGGUCAUACUGAGUAAAUAAAAUCAGUGUGCUUUUCUCCUGAUGGUUCUACAUUAGCAUCU